AUGGCGAAGAUUGAUGUGGCUCCUGGAGUCUAUUCCGGAGCUUCAGCAGAUGGAGAGGGAACAGACUCGGUGGCCAGCUGGGGCCAGGGUCGAAGUCCAGCCGCCGGAGGCCUUGAGUCAGGACGGUCCCUGGAGGCAGUGGCAUCAGGAGGGACCUCGGAGCCUGGCUGCAGGAGCCGGAGCGCGAAGCCCCGGAGGGUGCACUCGCCCUGGCAGCUCUCCGCGGCCGCCAAGCUGGAGCUGGACGUGAAGACCGGGAGCGCCGGGCCGGCGGCUGCGGCACAGAGGCUCCGCCAGCCGGAGACCCCGGCGGAGAGCUCCCGGCAGAGUGGCCGGGCCAGGAGUGUGCUGCGCUGGUUCUCCACCGCGGUCCUGUAUGCCGCCUUCCUGGGGCUGGGACUGAGCGUUGGUAUCCUGGGACCCACAUUUCAAGAUCUGGCAGAAAACGUGAACAGGAACAUCAGUAGCCUGUCUCUGAUAUUCGUGGGCCGCGCCGCUGGGUUCCUGGGUGGCUCUAUGAUUGGCGGGGUUCUCUUUGACCACGUGGAUCAGUUCUUUCUUUUGGGGGUGUCUACGGUGGCAACUGCAGCCGGACUUUAUCUUGUCCCGUUCUGCAAGACGGCGGCCCUGCUGAUCAUCACCAUGUCUGUCUUUGGGGCUUCCGUUGGUGUUGUGGAUACGGGUGCAAACGUCCUCAUCUUGGCUCUUUGGGGGGACAAAGGAGCCCCCCAUAUGCAGGCCUUGCACUUCGGUUUCGCCUUGGGUGCCUUCCUGGCUCCCCUGCUGGCUAAAUUGGCCUGGGGUACCACAGCAUCCGCUCAGAACCACACCGAGUCCGACUUUGACCCUCUAAUGCUGAACCGAUCCUCCAAAGCCUCCUCAGACUCUGUGUUCGCGGUACCCGAGGACAUGAAUUUGCUGUGGGCAUAUGCUUCCAUUGGCACCUAUGUCUUAGCCAUUUCUGUCUUUAUGUUUGGUCUGUUUUGUAAGAAACAUUCGCGGCAGGAAAAAUCUGCAGCAUCUGCUCAGGGAGCUCGAAGGGCUAAAUAUCACAGGGCCCUGCUCUGCCUCCUCUUCCUGUUCUUCUUCUUCUAUGUGGGAGCUGAGGUGACCUACGGCUCUUUUGUGUUCUCCUUCGCCACCACCCACGUUGGCAUGGAAGAGAGUGAGGCAGCUGGCUUGAACUCCAUCUUCUGGGGAACCUUUGCAGCCUGCAGGGGCCUGGCCAUCAUCUUUGCGACAUUCCUACAGCCUGGAACCAUGAUUGUGCUGAGCAACAUUGGCAGCCUGGCCUCAUCUUUCUUUCUGGUUCUUUUUGACAAGAACCCUCUCUGUCUCUGGAUCGCGACAUCUGUGUAUGGAGCCUCAAUGGCGACCACAUUUCCCAGUGGAGUUUCCUGGAUUGAGCAGUACACCACCUUAACUGGGAAAUCCACAGCAUUCUUUGUAAUUGGCGCUGCCCUGGGAGACAUGGCCAUUCCUGCAGUGAUCGGAAUUCUUCAGGGAUACUACCCAGAUCUGCCAGUAGUUCUGUACACAUGUCUGGGUUCAGCCAUAUUCACGGCUGUUUUAUUUCCUGUGAUGUAUAAAUUAGCCACCUUACCCCUGCAACGCCAGCACAAAGGAAAAAGGAUAAGGGAGGACCAGACAGCUUUGCCCACUAGUUCUAGGCUGUGAGAAAGAGAAUACAUGAGAACAUUAAAAACAAACAAACAAACAAACAAACAAGCAGUGGAAGAGAUUUUGAAGUUGUUGUGAGUCAUCCUGGAGCCCAUCUGUAACGGAGACAUCUGGAGAUAAGAUGGAGCCCAUAGAAGUGCCAUUCUAUUGAGUUCUCUGCAGUUAAUAAAGGCAACCCCCCUGAAACACAUCUGGACAAGAGGCACGUAUACUGAGAGAGAAUGAGUUACUUAGUAACUUUACCAAAUUAAGAGUUCAAUCAACCGGAAAGUGAAAAUUUCCCAAAGCCUCCUGGUGCUCAAGCUUUCUGGGGGCUAUUUGUAGAGAAUGCUAGAAAAUUCAGAAAUGUUCUGUGAUCCUUGGUCACCCAUGAACUACCGCAUGGGCUCACAUGGUGAGAUCUCACUCGGGGGCUUCUGUUCCGGCAGGUGAAUGUUAGGUGAUCACUACCUUUCAGAGCCUAUGAGGAAGGCAGAAGAGGUUGGGACGCUGUGGGCAUCCUGACAUCAGAUGGGUUUUCUUGCCAGUGACCACCCACCCACAUUCUACCAAGUGUUUGUGAAAUCUUCUUGUAAGAGUCAGACGUUUCUAUAACUGCUGUAGACCUGGGUCACUGUGUGCCACUGACAACGACGGAUUCCAGAUGUUUA